GACUAAGGCCCAAGCUGCCAUCAAGAGGCUGCCGUCUUGUUAACUGCCUGAGCCCCGCCCUGGGCGUCCCCCAUACCUAGCAACCGAGAACUUGGGAAGCCAGGACAAUGGGGGGUAGAAUGUGGGGACCGCGGAAGGCGGGGGGGACGGCCUUAAAAGCGGGCGGCUGGCCGGUGCGGCAGCAGAGAUCUCCUGUGGGCCCUGCGGAAGGGCCGCCACGGAGAAGCACUGAAGGUGGCCUUAGAGGAGCGGCGUGGGCUUCUCCACGCCCAGCCGGGUAGCAGACUGUCCUCUUCCCCAGACACUCGCUCCCCGGGAGACCACGUCCCUGCUGGGCGGAGGUACGGCCCUUCUCGCUGUGUGUGUGACGGUGGGGAGGAGAACACAGACGGGUCGCUUGACCACACUAAGUGUGCGGUUUGGGGGCACGUGUAUGAUGGCCCCCACCAUCCCCAUCCGGGACCCCUUCCUCUUCCCAAACGGAAGCCCUGUCCCCGUGGAGCACCACCUGCCACAUUCCUCUGUCCCCAGCCUCUGGCCACCGUGUCCUGCUUCCCAUGUCUAGGACUCCGGCUGCUCAAGGUGCUGCCUGGAAGCGAGUCCCGAGCUUUGUCCCAGGGACUUUUCCCUGCGGUGUCUGCAAGGCUCAUCCAAGUCGGAGCCGGUGUGAGACUCCCUUCCUCUUUCAGGCUAGUAGGGACUCGGGGGGGUGUAGAGACCCCGUUUUGUCUCUCCAGCCAUCCGUGCUGGACACUCGGGUUUCUGCCUCUUGGCUGUGAAUGUCGGGGCGGGGGGUGGGGGGCGCGGGUGUCUUUCUCUCCCGUUGGGUCUGCUCCAGGAGCUGGGAUUGCUGGAUCACGCGGUAAUUUCACGUUUAAUUUUUCGAGUUUUUAUCGUGUUUCCUGUCCUCCAUUGUGUUUUGACUCCUUGAUCAUCCUACAAGUGUUCGUCUCAGUCGCUCUCAAAGAUGAACUUGCUGUUCCUUGCUCUCCCAUCCGGAUGCCCCUUCCUGGUCUCCUGGCGUGGAUUCGAGUGGCAGCACAUCAGCGUCCCCCACCAGGGCAGACCGAGGGCGGUGGACGGGGUUGACCAGCGCAGGGCGCGGUGCCCUUCCCCUCGGCGCCACCUAACCCCACUUCUCUCUCCCUUCCGUAGCCUUUGUGCUGUGACGCCACAGGCACGUCGUCGUGAGACAGCCUCACGGGGUUUUUGUAGGUCACCACCGCUUAUUUUGUUGGUAUUUCAUUGCCCGGUUUCAGGUCCAUCUUUCAUCCUCCACAAGGCCCAUCUCUGCUGAAACUGCUUCUCUGCACGUGUCCUCACCCUCUGCUUCUCCCUUUUCUCUUUCAUAUUCUCCCAUUACCCGAUAUAUGGAGCCCUCCAGUUGGGUCUCCUUGGCUAGUGAAACAAACAAACAAAAAAUCUGACCGUCUCUGGGACAGGCCGUCAUUCCCCCUUAGACCUAGAGCUUUCCAGUCUGAACCAAAGACGCAUCAGAAGUCAGGCAAAGCGUGAGGUAUACGUUACAAAUGUUAGUGAAGACUAGCACCUACUAGAACACUCCACUGAAAGGUUUCCCAUCUUGGAGAAAGCAUUUCAGAGUUCACAAAGCUCUGUUAAAUUCGAAGGCUGGAAACUACGUUCAGGUUAUGAGCCAGAGUCUGGUAAGAUUAUCUGUGUUUUAAACUUCCUGAGGCCAGAAAAUAACCAGAAAACUACAAUGAGGCUCAGUCUUAAAGUGCCUCUUGUUCCUAAGGGUCCUUUACACGGAGCGCCCAUGGUGGUUCCAUAUACACAGUCGUCAAACCCAGAUAGGCGAGCCACAGCAAGCCUUACGAGGAGGCAGGGAAAGUAGAGUCCUCCUACCUUGCUGGUGGGAUUAGCAAAUGGUGCGGCCAUGUAGGGGAACAAUUUGGUGGUCCCCCAAAAUGUAGACAUAGAGUUAGCCUGUGACCCAGCAGUUCCGCUCCUAGGUGCAUACCCAAGAGAAAUGAAACCAUAUCCAUACACACACUUAGACAUUACCGUUCACAGCAGCAUCCUCAUAACAGCCCAAAAAGGAAAACCACACGAGUGCCCACCUUCUGCUAAGUAAAUGGUAGUGUAGCUGUACAGUGGAAUAUUACUGGGCCAUGAAAAGGAACAGAGUCCCCACACAUCUAUAGAUGAGCCCCCAAAACGUGAUGUUCAGAAGAAGCCAGACACACAGGCCGCGUAUGGUAGGACUCUGUUUAUGGGAGCUACCCAGAACAGGCAGAUCUAUAAGAACCAGGGGUGGGGGUGGGAUGGAGCAGGAAGUAAGGAGGAACUCCUAAGGAGUACGGCAUUGCCUUUAUGAUUCUCUUAGAGAGUCCUCCUUCCUUUUAGCAAACGGUAGACGAACCCUAAAAUGGCUGUCCUUUCCACUCAGCUCCCAUGUCACAAUGGCCCCAUUAUUCCAGAAUUCUCUCCCAAGGUUUUAGAAUGUUGGAUAAGUGCUGAUGUAGGUUUGUCAGUGGUUCAUAAGUGGGGCCAGAGGACUUUGAGGAGAUGAGAUCCAAACUGUUGUGACAACAUCCUUCAAAGUCCCAGUGGUCUCAUCCGAUGGUGGGUUGGAAGUGGCCUGUUAGGAGAGAAGGCAUCGGCUGCCUGAUGGCACAGGGGAUAGCAAGCAUCCGCAGAAGCUCCCUGCGGUGCGCACUGGCCAUGCUGCUGCUCAUCAACAGCGCCAACUGCCAGGUGGCCGGCUUUGCGAUGGCCACGGUGGGCUGGAUCCUGACCACCACGUCCAUGGGCCUCGUGGAAUGGAGAGUGUGGUACAUAGAGAACAACGCCCUCAUGUCCCCGGGCCUGGUGUGCGUGGGCAUGUGGAAAGUCUGCGUGUACCACCACGUCAGCAACCACAACAAAGUCACCCUGUGUCAACGGUACAGCUACCGCGACCCGUAUCUCCCGCUUGAUAUUCGUGUCUCCCAAAACCUCCUGCUGAUCGCCAGCAUCCUAGGCCUCCUGGGGCGAGCCUCCAUCAUCUUCGCUCUCAGGAACGCAUACCUGGGUAUUCUGCGGGAGAACGCCACCUUCAACCCAUUUGUCGCUUCGGGAAUCCUGAACCUGGCCUCCGGCGUCUGCAUAGCCGUCACCGUGGUCUGGAAUUACCACUCCGUGAUGAGCGAGCAGGGCAUUUCCUUCCCCCCGUCGCUGUCGAUUCCCUUCAAGCCAAACACUCAGGAGAUCGGCAGUGCCUUUCUGGUGGCGUGUCUGGCCGCCUUCAUGAUGUUGCUGAGCGGGGUGAUUUUCCUGUCCCACAAGUUCUCCACGGCUACCCAAGUGCAUCCUCAAACUUCCGACAUGUGAAAUUCCUGGUUUUGUCGGCUUUGCGAAUCCAGGAUGGCCAAGGGUUUAUGAGAAAUAUUAGCAGAGUGUCCUAUCCAAUAUUUACAAAGAUUCCAGACCAUGGCAGAGGUAGCUUGGGGCAGAAGAUGGCCAACUCUUUCUUUCACCUUCUGUAUCUUUUGUUUCGUUGAUUCACCAGCUCUUUGAUUGAAUCGAGGAAAUUUCAUUUAAAAAAAAAAAAAAUCUUCCUCACCUGCCUAUUGGUCUUAUUGGAUCUGUAUUUUAAUUAUUGUUGAAUAAAUAAG